AUGUCUUACUGGGACUAUUGGGAAAGGGGUCCUCAAACAUGGUCCGAUAAAUAUCCUGCUGCUAAAGGCAAGCGUCAGAGCCCCAUAGAUAUACCGUCAAGUCUCGCCAAGGAGACCUUUACAAAAGAGAUUGAAUUCAAAUACCAUCUGGACAAGGUUAACCAGGUUAUCGAAAAUGUGGGAUAUUCCUGGAAAUUGUGCCUAGUAGGAGGUCGAGAACAUUUACAAAUGUGGGGUUAG